GGUUGCUGGCCCGUUUUACCGGUUCAUUCGGUUGUAUGAAAGCGUUAGUGCGCAUGUAUCAUCCGGUACACGAGUAGCACCUCGGAACGCGUUUAAACGCAUUGCAGUAAAACUAAAACACUCAAACUGCUCCUCAACGAAUAACUGCGGCCGUACCUGAUCCGUUUUAAAACCAUCCAAGGGCAGGAACGUGAACUGUCUCACGUAUCGAUUUGUGAUUGGUGUACAAGACGAAUAAAAGAGUGCGAUACAUGCAUGCAAUGCCUAACAAGCGUAUAAAGCGCAACACUUCUACAUCGUUACGUGCGCGUGACAGCGCGUGCACUCUGAACAGGAAGAACGAACCUGGUAUCAGCGGUAAAAAGAGUGGCGGGGACAGUGCCCUACCGGAGGUGCUGAGCUCAACAAACACAUUCCUCGGAGUUAGCAAGGUAAUUGGUCGCGCAAGCAGCACUGAUAUACCAUCACACGAUCACAUUGGAAAUGAUGAGCACACGAAUGUAAUAAACAAGGAAGAACGAAUAGAAAUGUGUGGAGAUGGCGCUGGAAACAGAUACGGCAAUGUGAUUAGUCUUUACAACGAUUUAAAAGAAGUAAUGGAAUUGAUCGCAAUGUACAAAUAUGGAAAUAACAAUGAAGACGGUGGUAAAGAAACGGAUGAGGUGAUGCGGGACGGUCAUUACAUGGAGGAUUUGUUUAGGGAUGUGGCUCGUAACAUGAUUGUUAAGUAUAAGAGAAGAAAUGUGAGCUGUGAGGUGAAAGAGGGAUUUUACCUGUGCAAUGAGUGUAUGGAGCGGUAUAUAGUUGUGGAGAGACAUCUUAGAAAUGAAAAUAUGGUUAGUGAUGAGAUUGGAGAGAGUAAGAAGGGAAAAAGGAAUGAAAAUAUGGUUGGUGAUGAGAUUGGAGAGAAUAGAGUGAAAGAGAAUGGAAAUAACAAAAAGAUCAUUGUGGGCAAAGAUCAGGGACAAAUGAUAAAAAUUGGUGGAAAUACAAAUAGAGAAAAGUGUUUAGAUGAGAAAAUGGCAAAAAAUGAGCGAGGACAUCAGGACGAAGAGUGCCCACAGGAAACAAGAGAAGGAGUAGCAGGAGAUGUUUCCCAAAAGUGUUCCGUGGAUAGCAUAUCAAUGAAUUUGAAUGACAGAAAACUGCACAGGAAGACCUCUUUAAGGAGUGGCGCAGUUGGAACAGAAAAGGGAGCAGUAACAGGUAUAAUCGAUAAGGAUGGUCCCAUGAACAUGCUUAACGCGUUAAAAAUAGUGAGUAUAGCAGGAGAUACAGCGGAAAAGCGUAAAAAUUUAUUGAAAAGUGAGAAACUGGUGGAUAAGGCAUUGAAAGUAGACGAGAUGAUACGGAAAAAAGAUGGUUCAACACCAAAAGCUGAUGAAACUAGUUCUCACAACGAAAAAAAAGUGGGUUUAAAUCGGAGUGCGAUGACAGGACCUGCUCAUUUUAAAGUUAAGGUGAUCAGGAACGACAGGGACGAAGGCUAUUUUGUAUAUAAACCAAAGUUGAAAGAGAAAAAAGGCGUUUUACUGGGAUUUGAUGCCAUAACAAAUGAGAUUAUGAAAGAAAAUAAGACAUUUAACGCUCGUCAAGGCUCUAACAUGCGAUUAAGAAAGGUGCUGGCCGACGGAAAGGCUGCUUUUAGUGGUGUUGGGAGCCCAGUAAUCGCUCCCGUUGGUGUUCUGAAAGUGAUCAAAAGCAAAGUAGCGAAUAUGGAAAGAGAUGGUAAGGUUAGAGAAGUAGAAACAGAAAAAGUUGAGAGCUUGAGUGGUGGCAAGAAAGAUGUGUUGAAGGUAAAAGAUAGCAAGGAUACUGCUGGAGAGAUAAUCGGGAGGAUGAGGGAGGUGCCGCACAAGGAUAUGAAGGAGAGGAAUAUUGAAACAAAAAAAAUUGGAAGUGUGUCUGGAAGCAGAAAUGAAUUGGAUGGGAUUGUGCCUGUGGGACACAGUGCCAUGUUAGGAGGAAUAAGCAGUUCUGGAAAUGAUAAGGUGCGAGAAAGCACAGCAUGUGUGAUGGGAACCAAUCAAAAGAGUGGUGCUCCACGGGUAAUUGGUGUUUCAUUUAAGGUCGCAAAAUUGGAUUGUGAUAGGGAUGUACAGGCAAAGGUAAAUCUGGUAAAGAUAAGAAAUUGUGGGGAUAUUCCGGACGAAAAGACGAAUACCGAGAUCGGUGAAACGAUAACCAAAAAGCGGCUUAAUGAGUUGCGGGCCAUUUACGACCGCGAGGAUGAUAGGCGAGGAAGUGGUAUAUCGAAUGUCAAACAAAGCUAUAACGAACCUGAAGAAAGGCAGGUAAGUGGUAAAUUAGGGGAUAUCAGAAAUGCACUACGAGUCAUCAGAGAUAUAAAGGCUAAAUCCAAUAAACAGGAUGCUAUUAAUGACAAGAGUCCACAUGACAUUAUUCACAGAAGACAGGAGAUAUCCGGAACUAAUCCCAUGGCAGAACCAACGGAUAGUAAUUUGUUUCCUGCUGUCGUCAAAUCACACAAAGUGAUAAAUUUAAUCACUCCAAAUCUAUUGAAGGCCAACGAUCUGUUCAGAGAUGAAACAGAAAAAGAUAAAUCGAGCCAAUUAUCUCAGAUUGAGCGUGAAAUUGACGUAAAAGAAGAAAUUAUCAGGAGAGAACAGAUGAAUUUCUUUUCGAGUAAGAAGAAUGAUGCAAAGAAUAGGAAGGUUGUAACCAAGGGGCGGAUUGAAAACCACGGUGACAAGCAUUUAGAGGCACAUAUAGAGAAGAUAGCCACGACUGGCAGCGGUAAUUCCAAGGAUUCUGCUGGUGAAACUAAGGAUUCUGUCGAAAGGGCGACCGUGAAUGUCAGAACCACGGAUAUUUCGUCUGCAAGCCGCCCCGUCAAGAACGAAGAGAAAAAGAAAAAUAUGUACCAGAUGAUGGUAGAGCAGAUAAAAGAUACGCUGACAUUUAAGCCAGCAAAACCUCAGCCUGGUGCAAGAGAAUCGUCUGGUAGAAAUGCAGCGCCUAGCGGUGUUGCAGACGUAAAUGAUGCAGAAAAGGAUAACAAAACGAAUAGAAAGACGACAGAUGGCGUUUUAGAUAACAAGGAUGUUGCACUGGCGAAGGAUAAGCCAGUGGCUGUGCCCGCGAAGGAGAAAGCGGAUAUCGCAUCUGCCAAUACGAAUAUCUCUGAAGUAAAAGCGUAUGUUGGAGCAGAAACUUCAGAAGACGUUGUUCAUAAAGUUUCAUCUGUGGAAGUAGAUGAAGGAAAUUCAUUGGGAGAUGUUAAAAGGAGUCGUAAUAGGCGUGUUACCAGAGCGGAACCAUCCAAAGAGGAGAAUUUCGAGCCUAACACAAAAGAUGAGCGUGCUUCACCCGUUUCUAGGGAUGAGUAUGUUAUUUUGACACUAGACGAGCUGAGAGAGUACAGGGUGCGUGUCAGAGAGCUGAUAGAUUAUUUUGAAAAGCUGAUUGCUGAGUGUAACGCCAAGAAUUAAUCUAAAUGGUUAUUUGCCACUCAGCAUCAAGCCGG